AUGGCAGCUGAGGGCGAUGAAUUGGACGGCGAGCUGUCGCGGGCGUUGCAAAGUGAGUGCCUGGGGGUUGCGCGGCAGCGGUCUGGGAGCAGGACGUCGUCGAAUCGGAGCGGUGGCCGGCGGUCGUCGAACAUCUCGCCAGCGUCGCGGAUCUUCCGCAACUUGCUGAUCCUGGAAGACUCUCUGCGUGGUCAAGCACGCCGGCAGCGUGCUCUUCGGUGGCAGUACACUGUGUUCCUUUCGUGUCUCGCCGGUGCGGCUGGUUUCAGCGCGUACGAGUUGUACUUGCAACCUGGUGGAUCACUCCCCAGGUUGUACUCGCUAGCGUUGCAGUUCAUGCUGACGAUCAUCGUCGUUGCCGUGUUCCUGUUCAACAUCAGUGGUCAGUACCGGCGGACUAUCGUGUCGCCGCGGCGGUUCUUCGCGAGCACGAACAAGGCAUUGAAGCCCCUGCACUUGAGGCUCGUGCGGGUCCCGCGGCGGUGGGACGACUUGGUCAGCGACGCGGUGCGACUCCUCGGGAGUUACUCUGCUGGGUUGCUUCUGUGGGUUCUGCGUGGACGGUGCCGCUGGGUGCGGUUCUUCUGGGCGCACGCGCAGCCUCGAGUCGGCGCCACGGACGUUAAGCUUGUGUUGAGCCCGCGAGCGUUCAGUGCAGAGGUCCGCGAGGGAUGGGAGAUCUACAGAGAUGAGUUCUGGGCACGAGAGGGUGCCAGGCGGAGGCGUGGUCGGGAUGGUGCGGGAACUACUGCCGGAGCUACUGCCAGCGCAGACGGCAGUAGCGAACGGACAAAACACUGA